AUAUUCCUUUAAUCUUAAAUAGAUAUUGACGAAUGCAUCUUAGGCAAGGAGAAGUGUUCCUCUGAUGGCAGUUGUGUUAAUGUUAUGGGCUCAUACGUCUUACUUUUCCGUCUUUUGUAACUCGUGUGUAGAUACUGAUGAGUGUACAUCGAGGAAACACGAUUGUUCCUUUGACGGGGACUGUGUUAAUGUCGUGGGUUCCUAUCAGUGCUCUUGCAAGCCUGGAUUUACUGGCGAUGGUAAAAUUUGCCAAGAUAUCGAUGAGUGUAACGAUGGAAGCCAUGAUUGUCACUUUGCGGCCGAUUGUACAAACUCCGCUGGAUCAUUCGACUGCAGCUGUCAAUCUGGACACCUUGGAGAUGGACGGCACUUUUGCUCAGAUAACUGGAAAAAGGUCAACAUCGAUCCUGUCUGUUUUGGGACAAAAAAUGACGACCACGGAACUUUUCAUAUCCAAGAAGCCGGUCAAAUCUACACAUUUAAACUUGUCCAUACAAGCGGCUCCGUGACAUGCGUAUCCAUUUUAGCAAUACCAACAAAGUGGGGAUGCUCAUUGCCAAUUUACGGAAAUCACAACCUAAUGACGGUGAUAACUUACAGCAACAAAACAGUUCUCCCGCUUACUGAGUUCUUGAAAGGCAACGACAGCACAUACUAUACUUACCAACUUGACGGUGCCGAUUUCAACUCCGCAACACUAGUGUUCAAGCUCUUCCCCACCCCACUGGUUGUAUUGGUUGGUCAGCAGUUCCAAUUAUGGUAUGCGCAUGACUUGGUUAAUUAUACAGAGGAUAAUAACGGUGGUAAGACAUGCGCAGACGUUUAUGCUCUGUACCACUGACACGGUUAAACGGUUGCGGCAACUACAGAUGACUUCGGUCGUACGUCUGCACUUUGCUGAAUCACAGCCGGCAAACAAUCGGAGAGCAGGUGGUAUUUAGUUCAUAAAGAAGGCACGGUAGAUGUAAUAUGGCUUCAAUCACUAGGUCCUUAAUGAAUGGUCCGUUCAGUUGGUACGAUAAGUAAGCUGAUUGGUUACCGGGACCCUAUAUUGACAAAUUCAGCAAGCUUCGACAUCGAUAUGGAAACGUAGUAGAUAAUUUCAUGUAGUAAUGCAAGUAUGUAAUGACGAAAAGAAAAAACAGAAAAAAAAGCAAUACUAAGAGUCGAGAUUUGCCAUGCCUCCUUAGCUAUUCACCAGCUUACAUUCAACGCACGCCUACUGCAUCAUUGUUAAAUAUUUCACAACAGUUAUUUUUUCUCUGCGGCUGAUGCUUAUGAAUUUGCUUUCUUUCAAUGAAAAUGAAUUGAAAAUGAACUUUAGUGUCCCAGAGCUCAUAAAAACUUCUAUAAAUGAUAAUCUCUUUUAUCAGCUCUUCUUUCAGAUAGCUUAAAUUUAAAACUGUCGAGUUUCAUUUUAUGCCGUGUUUCUGUUUUUCAUUAUCUUUACAGUGGAUUUGGGUCCAGAAAUCGCACUUUGAAUAGCUUGUAUUUAAUUUUAUCUUUAGUAAACAAACAAUUGAACUUAAGGAAAUUUUGAUUGGCAGUAAGAGCUGAUUGGGGUACCCCGUUGGUUUAAACAGUUAAAAAAGUGUCCUGUGGUAGUUGUAAUAUGCGUUGGACGCGUC